AUCUAGCAUCUCCGUUAUUCCUGCACGUAAUUUCAAUGGGAAAUUCAGCUGGCACCGAAUCUGAGGAAACUCAAAAUAAAAAUAUGGAUAGGACUCAAGCCCUUUCACGAAAACGGAGACACUCCUCCCGUCAGGGUGCAAGCACUAGCCAUGAUGAAGAUGAACAGCCCCCUCGCUCAAGAUUACGGACAUCAAGGUUAAGUGGUAGAACAAGUUCUAGCUCAGUUGAGAUAGUGGACAUACCGCCGCAGGCUGUCACACCACCAAUCCGUGAAGAAGAACCCAUUGAUUUGUCAUUGUGUAUCGUGGACUUAACAGAUGAGACAGAAACCACAAGAAAUCGUCCACUCAGACAUUCAUCUCAGGAUGAUAUUGUUGAUCUUACGGUUGAAACACAUGCAGUCGACAGAGCGCCAAGGAGAGUGAGGCGGACUAGGAGAGGGAGACUGAUGAGAAACUCUCAACGUGGUAACAUCAUACCUAUCCUCAGCGAUGACAGCGAUGAGGAGAACGAUGUCAUGGUUCUACCAGAGAUCGACAUCGGGGAGACCUACAGAACAGCCAGGGAUGAGACGUCAAACAGUACAGCCACAGGUCCCGGGAGAGGGCGACAAACAUCACCAAAGAAAAGAGUUAUAACAUGUCCUAUCUGUAUGGAAGAUGAAACAACAGUAAGUGACAAUGGUUAUGAAGAUGAUGACGGUGAUUAUGAUGGCAAAGAUAAUGGUGGUGGUGAUGAUUAAGAUGGUGAUGAUGAGGGUGAUGAGGAUAAUGAUGGUAAAGAUGUUGAUGGUAAUGAAGAGAAGGAAAAGUAGGAGGCAUAAUAUGUGUAGCUCAUUUGGUAGAGCAGUGAUAAUAAGGUGACUGGUUCAAAACCAAGUUUAUGCUUUAUUACAUGGUUAAUCAUCAAGGCACCUUUUCAACAAUAAUAUCUGUGGCUUUGUCAUUAACAGUCAAACUGGUCAAUGGCCACCUGCUUAAAGUGGCCACUUGAAAUCCCACGGCAGGAAAUUCAUGUGUUGUAGACCCUGUCUAUUGUGGCCAUUUUCCACUCAUUUUAUGUACCUCGGUCAAUAUCCCACUCUCCAUAGUGGCCACUAAAAAUCAGUUUCACGAUAACUUUUGACUCCGUCAGUAGUUCUAUAGCUAUUCCUUGAUUGAAAUAGAUACAUGCAUGCAAUAUUAUAUGAAAAAAAAUCAACUCAUUGAAAGCACAAACUGUAUCCAGUUCAUUAUCUACAAUACAUGGUAAAUCCAAGAUGGCCGCUAAGGGGUCUAUAGUAGCCACCUGUAUGUAGUGGCCAUUUUUGCCGUUUCCCUUUGGUUGCUUCUAUACACAGGUUUGACUGUUCAUUAUUUCCUAGCAGCAUUUUUGGUCCUAUGCCCGGGGGACCAUUUACAUUGACGAUUGGAUACCAUGCGCGACCAAAAAACAUGUAAAAAGGAUGUCUUUUUCAAGAUAGGGCAUGUUACAUACGUAACGUAAAAUAAGGGUGUCAAAAACACUGAAGUAUAAAUGAAAAAAGGUAUCUAUUUCACUAGGAAAGCUACGCGUUUAGGGUCAAAUUUGCGAGGGUAAAAAAAAAGACAAAUGAUUUAUAAAGGAUGUACUUUAUGCCUCAACAGUCAACACUACGCAGUGUUCCGAUUUGCGCGAGGUGUGGCCGUACUAAAUCCACUGAUGUAGGUAAUGGUAAAACCGACAUCUGUGACAUAUAACAAUUAGAAUAUCGUACUUGUUAUAGGGGUUCAAUUCAGGGAAUACUUGCCAAGAAUAUUGCUUUGUUUCCAAUACUUGUUAAGGAUAGGGUUUUACAUGUCAAUACUUGUUAAGGGGUGCAUUUUUAGAAUAUGGAAAAUACUUGUUUCGGGUGCUUUUCGAGACCCCAUGGUCGCGCAUGCCUCCCCCCCCCCCCCCCCCCCCCCCCCGGGUCCUAUGUUGGUUCGCCUGUGCAGAAAUUAGUCCUUGCCUUGUACAUCCUGACCCUAGCCUUGGCCUACAUGUAGGAUUUCCAUCCUUGCAUUCAACACUCAUUAAGGGGUAUCCCCCCCCCCCCUCAACCUGGGGCUCGGAGGCUCUCCCUGUAGCGCAUCUGGGAUUUCUGGGAUAGCAUACUCACAUGAAAGUAGAUCUUCAUGAUACUUCCUUUAUAGUGUUGAUUUCCGCUUUGAUUAUGUCCAGAUGGUAUCUCCAUAUAUUGUAUCUUUCAUUGUUGAGUGUUUUUAUGCAUGUUCUGGAAAGGAGAAAGAAGAAAAAUAUUCAUUUAGACUGCACGUAGCUUACGGUAUGUGCAUAAUGUAGCCAGAAUCGAGUUGGUGUUUAGUCUGAGAAUUUAUUUUCCAGGUGUGGUGCUUCCUUGGCAAAGCUUAUUUCCUCUUUCUUAUUGCUCACAUUUCAAUCGAGGAAAACUAUCUCAUACUCACACGUGGUUUUAAUGUGUUGUUUAAUAGGUGAGAUUCAAUUUUGCUAAAUUACAUCUAAAUUAUUUGAACUCAUAAUUGUGUGUACAUGUACACGUAUGUAAGUGCAUCAUUUCACAUUUGAAGUGCAUGAGUUAUACAUUUCUUGGUUUAGGGUGCUGUAGAAUUUAUAUAUUCUCUAGAUGAAUUUUCUAUUCCACAGUCUUCUCUAUUUUUAUGAUUUUAGGGGGAAAAUCACUUUCAUUUUUAUAUUUGGUUCAAAAUCUGAGGUAUAAGUAAUGUAAUAAUGAAAUACAAAAGAAAAGUAGGAAGAUAUCAAUGUGCUCAUUGCAUGAAAAAAAAACAAGUGGAGAACAUUUAAAAUGCCAUACAUUUGUAAAGUUUCCAUCCGAUUUGAUGAUGCAUGUUUGUCUAGUUUUUUGCUUGUUCAAAUUUCUCUAGUUUUCCGUGAUCCAUCAAUAAUAAAAUAAAAUGUUCACAAUAGUGAACAAAACUUACAC